AAUGUCGGCUUCCGGCUGAAUCGGAAUUGCAUGCUCUGGACCUCUUGUGGCGCUUAGAAAGUUCCUGACCGCGGCGACUGAACUUUACCGACUCUGUGAGGGUGGACCUCCAGAAGACAGACAGGCAGGCAGGGAGGCUAAGCCUCCGCUCCUUUCCAAGCCGCUUUACAGCUGGAAAUCCGCGGCUAUGGAAAGCUACCAAGCGGUGGGUCCCCCGGAGGGCGAGAGUCCAGAUAAUGACAGAUCGCAGAUUGCCAAUGAGGAACCAAAGCGGCUAAGCAGAGAGCAGAUGUUUAUCAUGAUAUCAGCAGCAUCCCUCAACUUCGGUUCAAUGGUUUGCUAUUCGAUUCUGGGACCAUUUUUUCCAAAAGAGGCAGAAAAGAAAGGAGUUAGUAGUACCAUUGUUGGAUUUAUUUUUGGAUGUUUUGCAUUAUUCAACUUCCUGACAUCGUUGAUAAUGGGAAAAUAUCUUGUACAGAUUGGAGCAAAAUUUAUGUUUAUUGCUGGCAUGUUCGUCUCAGGAUGUGUCACGAUUCUCUUCGGAUUUUUGCACAGAGCACCUGAUGGGCCAAUAUUCAUAGGGCUGUGUUUUUUGGUCCGAGCAAUGGAUGCCAUUGGUUUUGCUGCUGCAGCGACAGCCUCAUUUUCUAUUCUCAUAAAUGCUUUCCCACAAAAUGUAGCUACGGUUGUGGGCACUCUUGAAGUUUUUACCGGAUUGGGAUUAGUAUUGGGUCCUCCAAUUGGUGGCUUUUUGUACCAGAGUUUUGGCUAUGAAGUCCCUUUCAUUGCUCUUGGAAGUGUAAUGCUAUGCAUGGUGCCUCUGAAUAUGAUCAUCUUACCAAAUUAUAAUUCAGUUCCUAAGAAAGAUUCAUUUUUGAAGCUUAUUGUUCUACCAAAAGUUGCAAUACUUUGUCUAAAUAUAUUUGGACUAAGUUCAUGUAUUGCCUUUCUAGAUCCUACAAUGUCAUUAUUUGUCUUGGAAAAAUUUAAAUUGCCAGUGGGAUAUGUGGGAUUGGUCUUUCUGGCCCUAGCGCUCCCUUAUGCCUUAUCUUCACCACUUCUUGGUUUUCUAAGUGAUAAAAAGCCGAGUUUAAGGAAAUGGCUGCUAAUCGUUGGAGCUUUUCUGACCACAUUAUGCUAUUUUUUCUUAGGGCCAGCUCCCAUCUUGCAUAUUGAAAGUCAGCUUUGGCUUUUCAUUCUGAUGAUGGUCCUGAACGGUUUUGCUCUUUCAAUGAUUGGCAUCCCAAUAUACCCUGAAGCAAUCAAUAGUGCAUAUGAGAAUGGAUUUGAGGAAGGAUUAAACUUGCUUGGAUUGGUGUCUGGACUCUUUGGUGCAUUAUGGGCACUUGGUUGGAGAAGCUUCAGGAAUCAGGGGAAAGGGAAAAAAGAAAACCAGAGGAAAAGGUGCUGGCAAAUUGAAAAGAUUUAA